AUGGCCAAAUACCUCUUCUCUUUCCUCCUCCUCCUCCUCACCACCACCACAGCCACCUCCACCUUCAAUCCCAUCUGCACCUUUAGCCCCACACCCUCACCCACCUCUGCCACCACUCCUGCUCCAACUCCCAUCACCAAUACCAACACCAACAUCGCCCUCUCCCCCACAUUUGCACCAUCUCCCAUUAUCACCAUCCCCACUCCUGCACCCUCUUCUGCUCCAACUCCCAUCAAUAAUACCACCACCACCCUCACUCCCACAACCACACCCUCGACUGCCCCUACUCCAAUUCCCACUAACAAAAUCACCCUCACCCCGACAUUUGCCCCCAGUCCGGCCCCAACUCCCACCAUCAUCACCCCCAUAUUGGGCCCCAGUCCAGCCCCAACUCCAACCAACAGUUCCAUCUUCACCGCCACCUUCUCACUACCACCAACACCACCAUCAACAUUUACACCGCAACAAGAUGACCUCAAAUUCGUCUUUCAAGAACAAAUCUACAACAUCAUUGAUGCGAUACUUGGUACAGGAGAUUUCAAGAACUGGGCCAAUGCCCUCAGCAUGGCUGACUCUACCACCUUCCCUAUCUCCGCCACUUUCUUUAUCCCGUCUGACAACUCUCUUUCUCCUAUUACCACCUCCGCUGACCCUGACAUCUUCCCUUACCACAUUGUCCCUCAACGCCUCUCUUUCGCUGAUCUCCAGCAAUUUAAGACCUUCUCUCGCCUCCCAACUCUCCUUUUUGACAAGUCCAUACUUAUCACCAACAAUUCUGCAUCAAAUUUCACCCUUGAUGGCUCUCGCCUGACUCAUCCUGAUAUCUACACCAAUGCUGCCAUUACAGUUCACGGCAUUGAUAACCUUCUUGAUCACUCAGUUUAUGGUACUGAAUCUGUGAAGAACUCUUCAAAACCAGACGCGGUUGGCCCGCCACCAACUCCUGCUUCUCCUCCUCGUCCUACUCCAAGAACAUUUGUUCCAAGCACUGCAGAUGAUGAAGAGUUUACUGUUCAUCAGCAUGGAGAGUCAGAUGCGGCUUGCUUGUGCACUGAGGUGUGGACUGUUUUCUUGGUUCUUUGUGUGGCUUUGGCAUCCAAGUUUCAAAGAAUGAUUCUUGUCCAUUGAUGGGUUCUUGCUAAAGAACUAAGACAAUCAAGAAGUACUGUAUUGCUAGUUGGAUCUUUUGCAGCUUUAGGCUCGUGCUUGUUAAGAGUCAGCAUCAAAACAAUCAAUUGGGUCAUUUCCAAUUUCAAAGAUGAGAUUUCUUCUCCUUUCUUUGUUAAUGUUGUAAUUCAUUAGACAGGGAAGGAUUUGUUCUUGUAAAUGGGCUUUAGCAGAGUUGACAAAUGGAGGGCCGGAUUGUUAACAGAUUAGAGGCAGGGAUUUGAGGUCCGUUCAA